UAUCAAACAACCAUAUGGUCAGAACAUCAGGUUGUCCUUAUCAGUGUUUAUAAUCUCGAAAUUCUUUCGAUGUCGUUAGAAUGAUGUUCGACUUUGAAUGUCAAAUGUGUUUAAACUACAAAAUACGUAAAACUUUACAGGGUCAAAUCCUCUAAAUGCAGCAGUUACCGGUGGCUUACAUUUCAGUAACGUAUCUGAUGAUAAUUAUAACAGUGCUUAACAAAACCAAUAAUGGUAUUCACACAAGUGGUAUCCAUCAAAGACAAAGCACCAGGAACCAAAGUAUACAACUAUGCUGAUUCAUUCUGGUGUACAUAUAUUGUAUCAGUGGUGGCGGCCAGUGUUGCAGAAAUUUUAACUUAUCCAUUGGAUUUGACCAAGACCCGUCUGCAAAUACAAGGUGAAGUGGCUUCUAGCAGUAAACCUACACAGUAUAGAGGCAUGAUAAAAACAGCUAUCGGCAUUGUCAAUGAAGAAGGUGCUCUAAAAUUAUGGCAAGGUGUGACCCCUGCACUUUAUAGACAUGUAGUGUAUUCUGGUAUUAGGAUUGUAUCGUACGAAACCAUGCGAGAUAAAUUAUUAUUAAAAAAUGAAGAUGGAUCAUUUCCAAUUUGGAAAUCAGCCAUAAGCGGAGUCAUGUCUGGUGUAAUUGCUCAGUAUUUUGCUAGUCCAGCUGAUUUGAUCAAAGUUCAAAUACAGAUGGAAGGCAAACGGCGUCUGAUGGGAGAACCUGCUAGAGUGUUAAGUGCAGCACAUGCAUUCAAAAAAAUAGUAUCUGAAAGUGGUGUCCGUGGUUUAUGGAAAGGAUCAAUACCUAAUGUACAACGUGCUGCUCUUGUAAAUCUAGGUGAUUUAACUACUUAUGAUACAGCUAAACAAAUAAUUAUGCACAAAACUGGGUUGCCUGAUUCACAUCUUCUACAUUGCCUUUCAAGCAUUUGUGCUGGAUUAGUAGCGGCUACAUUAGGAACUCCAGCAGAUGUUGUAAAAACACGUGUUAUGAAUCAACCAACUGACAAAAAUGGAAUUGGUUUAAUAUACAAAGGAUCUUUGGAUUGCUUGUUUAAGACUAUUGAAAAUGAAGGGUUUUUUGCUCUUUACAAAGGAUUUUUACCUGUUUGGAUUAGAAUGGCACCUUGGUCAUUAACUUUUUGGAUGAGUUUUGAACAAAUACGCCAUAUGCUUGGUGCUACUGGGUUUUAGAAAUGACAGAGUAUAAACAUUAGAUCUCAUUUUUAUUAUGUUUUUCGUCUUUUACAAUAGUUCUAAAAUAUGUUAAGAUAUUUAUUUUCAAUAUCUAUAUCUUCUGUGAUUGUAUAGAAAGUUUAGAUCAUGAACAUACACACUGCACAUAUUUUUUUUUUUUUUUGUAGAGUAAUGAUUGACUUUCAUAAAAUUUCUAUGAAUUACAUUAUUAAACAAAAUCAAUGAUAAGACAUAACAUUAUAACGGUAUCAUUGAUAAACCAUUUCCGUCAAGUAAUAAAGAAGAAUCUUGAUCAUAUUUCCAUUACUGUAGGUUUAAUUUAAAAUAAAUAAGUUUAACACUCAACUUAUUACUUUUUUUUUAUUAAUUUAACUUGAUUUUUGACUAUUUAACUGUUCUAAAUUGACUAAUUUCAAUAUAUUAAUAUUGCAAUUUCAAAAGUCAAAAUUUUAAAAAGAUAUAAUAUUCACAUACAUUUAGUAACACUUUUGUAACUUAAACCUACAGUAAAAGAAAUAAUGAAUAACAUUUUUCUUUAUUGUGAAUUUAUAUGACGGACAGUUAAUGUCAAUUUAACAACACCUUCAAAAUAAAAUAAUUAAAAAUUGUGUUCUAGCAUCAAAUAUAUAUUAGUAUAUUACUAAAGAGUAAAUUUAUCAUCACUUUUGGCUCAAACAUGUGUCGUUAUUAGUGUUAUUUAUGUUUAAAAAAAUAACUGUUGUAUUGAAAUGUUUAUUAAGUUAAUUAUUUAAUCUAUAUUUAAUAUUUGGCCAAAUACCAAUUAUUCUAUUAUGUUAACUAAAAUGUUUACUAUCCAAAUUUAUCUGUCAAUUUAAUUUACUUAUAAAAUUAUCUUUUGUAUGUACAAAUUAAUAAUACAUAUUACAAAUUAACUAUAUUUUAUAGAAAUUGUAAUACAUUUCUAAAAAAAUGUAUAAGUACUUAUAAAUAAAUACAUUAUACAAUCUA